AUGGAAGGAAUCCAAAUUCAAGAUGAUGCUCAGCCAUACUCGAGUAUGGCUGGGAAGCUGGAUCCCAGACUGCUGAAAGCCCUCGAUGUGAUGGGAUUCUCGCACAUGACGCCCGUCCAACAGCGUGUUUUGACGGAACUUCCCACUUGGCGCACCGACUGCCUGGUCCAAGCCAAAACAGGCACUGGCAAAACUCUUGCUUUCUUGCUUCCAGCUUUGCACUGCCUUCUGCAGCCUCACGCGGCACCUCCCAAAGGCCAGGUUGCCAUUUUGAUCAUCUCGCCAACCCGUGAACUCGCCCAGCAAAUCGCCGUGUCAUGUGAUCAACUGACAUCGCAGCUUGCGCAGCCUUUGGAGUGUCAUAUUGCUGUCGGAGGAACUGCUCGGGCCUCAGCUCACUCUCGUUUCAUGAAGGGAAACCCAUCAAUCCUGGUCGCAACCCCGGGACGCCUCAAGGACUACCUCUCUGAUGAGUACACCGCCGAGAAGCUGGCGAACUUCCAAACCCUGGUCUUGGAUGAAGCGGAUACGAUGCUUGAGAGCGGCUUCUUGGCCGAUGUGAAGCAAAUUUUGCAGCUCAUUCCUCCUAAGAAAACUGGCUGGCAAGGCAUGUGUUUCUCGGCCACGCUCCCGCCUAAGGUCAAGGAUGUGGUUAAGGUGGUGUUGAAGUCUGGCUACACAAGCAUUUCGACUGUCCAAGAGAAUGAAACCCCAACCCAUGAGCGGGUUCCUCAGUACCACGUCAUCAUCCCAUCCGUUGCAGAGACCUUCACAGCCCUCGCAUCUCUGUUGGAUGUCGAGAUCAACCAAUGCUCCAAGAUCAUUGUCUUCGGUGUUACUGCCAACAUGAUUGCUCUCAUGGCCAAGGUCUUUGGUCAAGGCUUGACCCCAUUGAAGGUGUUUGAGAUCCAUUCCAGACUCAGCCAGGGCGCUCGCACGAGAACCACCGAUCAGUUCAAGGAGGCAUCUUCCGGAAUACUGUUUGCCUCGGAUGUCAUCGGUCGUGGCAUGGAUUUCCCCAACGUCGACCUGGUCAUCCAAGUCGGUCUGCCACCAAACGGCGAGCAAUACGUUCACCGUGUCGGUCGUACCGCUCGUGCAGGCAAUGACGGCCGUGCUAUCAUCCUCCUUACACCCGCGGAGUCGUUCUUCAUGAAGGUCAACCGCCACUUGCCCAUUCAGCCCCAUCCCGAGACAAAGGCGGUUAUCGAGGGCGCCGCUGCAUACGCAGACCCCGUUACCCAGGCUAUGUACAACACCGACGAAGAAGUCAAGCAGCGUGCCUACUCAUCAUACAUUGGUUUCUUUGCCGGAUCCGGUCUCCUGAAGCAGGUCCGUCUCGACAAGCCCGGCUUGGUCCAACUCGCCAACGAGCUCGCCAUCAAGGGCAUGGCUUGCCCCGAGCCCCCACCAAUGGACAAGAAGGUUAUCGGCAAGAUGGGCCUUAAGGGGGUCCCUGGUUUCAACUACGCGACUGGAGGUGAUUCAAACGGACGCAGUGCUCCCAGAAAUCGCGGCAACCAGGAUCGAGGCAACCAGAAUCGUGGUAACCAGGCUCGUGGCAACCAGGCUCGCAGCAACCAGGACCGUGGCAAUCAGAACGGCAAUAGGCGCGAUGCCCUGAGCCCUGGCGCCGGCCAAAGUGGCUCUCGAGGUGGUGUUGAGAAGAGCCGCGGUGGUCGAGGUGGCCGUGGAGGUCGUCGUGGUGGAGGUCGUGGCGGCAAGCCCCAAGCUGCUGCUGCAUGA